GUCAGUCGGAGCAGUGUCGGUGGGGGGAGCCCAUCCUGGGCAGCAGUGGGCGCACCUGGGCAGGUAGGGUGGGCUAGCCCAGGGCAGCAGAUGCAGCCACGGUGAACCCAGGCCAGACAGCACUCUGGAGCCUCCGGUUCUUCAUGUGCCGACGGGGCCAGUGCAUGGGCAGUAGGAGAGAUGCCCCGUCAGUCUUGGCUCCGGGUGGGGGCAGCAGAUGAGGUGCCGUGGGCUGCAGUCGGGGCGCCCUCGCCACCUCACUCUGUCCCCAGCUAUGCCUUCCAUAGCUCGGCCUGGCAGGUGGCGGGCAAGGCGGACCCGACCACGCCUGGCCGCGUGCACUUCCACCCCGACUCGCCGGCCAAGGGCGCACAGUGGAUGCGCCAGAUUGUGUCCUUCGACAAGCUCAAGCUGACCAACAGCCUGCUGCAUGACAACGGCCACGUGAGGCCCGGGCCACAGUGGGGAGGGGUUGGGCCAGGGCAGGGGACGCUGGGGCCUGAUUGUGAUGAAGCCCGAGCCAGGGCUGGCCGGGCCUUUGGUGCCCGAGUUCACCUGGCCGGGGGUCGGACAGCAGAGACUGACAGGCGGGUGGGCCAGGCCCACGUAGGUGCAGGAACCCGGCACCACUGACACUGUGUCAAACAGACAAAGAUCCCUGCCCUCACGGGGGCUCACCUCCUGGAGUACCGGGCAGAUGGUAAGCAAAGAAUCCAGAUGGCAGAAGGGUGAUAAAUGUCAGGAGAAAAAGGAAACAGGGAGGGGGGCUGAAACGGAGGUGGCCGUUGAGUUCAGGGGGCUCAGGAAGCAGAUGAGGCACUAUUUGAAGAGGGGUCUGAUGGAAGUGGAGGAGGGAGCCUGUGCAUAUAGAAGGGGGAGCCAUUGCGGGCAGAUAGAACAGCAAGUGCAAAGGCCCUGAGGCUGGAGAAUGCUGGGGAGUUGGGGAAGCUGUGAGGAGACUCCCGCUUGGCUGGGGUGGAGCUCAGCGGGUCAGUGGGAGGGGAAGGGAUCCUAGGGGCGUCCAGC